AUGGCCACGGGCGGACAAUCAUUCUACGAGCUGUACCGUCGGAGCAGCAUUGGGCUCGCUCUGACAGACACGCUCGAUGACCUCAUUAGCGACGAGCGCAUCAACCCGCAGCUGGCCAUGAAGAUUCUCGGCAACUUUGACCAGGCUAUUACCGAGGUGCUACAGAAGAAUGUCAAAAACAAGCUCUCUUUCAAGGGAAGCCUCGACACGUACCGGUUCUGCGACGAAGUUUGGACUUUCCUCAUCAAGAAUGUCUCCUUCAAGAUGGAUAAUGGAAACCCCCCUGUCCACGCUGACAAGGUCAAGAUUGUCAGCUGUAACGCCAAGAAGCCCGGCGAGGGUCCUUGA